GCCAAAACUCGGUCGCGUGUCCAUUGCAUAGGACGUGUUGUAAAUUUAUAUUAAAAAAUACAAAUAAUAAUUUCGUCUUAUUAUUUUUUUGUUAUAAUAAUAUUUUGUUUAUUUUAUUUUCGCGUCAGUGAUUUUUUGUAUAAAAUUAUUUGUUUUGAAUUGUGUUUUUGGAGUUCACUUGUGAUUUGCAAAGAUGUCGAUGGAUGAAAUGCAUCCAAUGUUUCCUUACACCAAGGAAGAUGUGCAGGAGAUCAGGAAGGAACUCGGGCUGAAGGAGAGCACCAUUGAGGGGGACAUUGAUGCUAUCGUGGACUGGUUCCAGAAACAACCACAUUUGGCUGAAGCUGGUAUAGAAAGAGCAUUUGUUGAAAGAAUGCUGAUCGUAGCCAAAGGGUCGAUGGAGAAGGCAAAGAGAAGAAUAGACAAUUACUACAGAUACAGACUGCUUGCACCAGAGAUUAUACAGAACAGAGAAAAGGUUCUAUCAGACUCUCAAGAUCUAUGGAGUUCAUACCUGCAGCUGUCAAUGCCCAAGAUGUAUAAAUGCAACAGAGUUUCAGUGUUCCAACUUCUCAACCCUGACCCGAGUGCCUUCUCAUGUGAAGCUUUCCUUAGAAAUACUUUUAUGCUCGGUGACGUAAGAAUGAAACACGAUUACUUCCUAGGAGACAUUUGGAUUGUGGACAUGAGACACGCCACCUUCUCUCACCUGCUCAGAAUGAACCCAACACUGAUGCAGAAAGCCGCACACUUAUUCCAUGAAGGGCUUGGUCUUCGCAUCCACUCCAUCCACGUCCUGAACGCCAAUAGCCUAUUACAGCAUGUCGUCAGCUUCAUGAGGCAGUUCUUCAGCCCAAAGAUCAUUGACCGUGUGAUUGUACACGAGUCUUUAGAUGCCUUGCACAUGAGCCUGCCUAAACGGUAUCUGCCGAAAGACUAUGGUGGUGAUGAGCCAGCUCUGGCAGAAUUUAAAGAUAAAUACGAAAAAGAAAUAAGAAGCACAGUAACCAAGCAGUUCCUUAUAAACUCGAUGAAGAUGGUUUCCGAUGAAAAGAAACGCCCCAACGCUGACAUCAACGAAGAAUACUUGGCUGGAUCCUUUAGGAAGCUAGAUUUCGAUUAAUAUUCAUGUUUAAUGGUAUUUAAAUAGUAUUAAAUAAGUGUAGAUAUUAAUUAUUAU